AUGGCCGCAACUAAUCAACUGCUAACAAAUGCCAGCAGCAACGAUAGCAGCAGCAUUCAUUGCGAUGAAUUAUCAGAAAUAAAAGCAAUUUUCUUUGAUUUGGACAAUACCUUAAUACCAACGAGAUCGGGAGAUAGCAAAGCUUGUCGUGAAGUUUCCGAAAUACUGCAACGUCAAUAUGGUUUCACCAAAGAGGAGGCCAAUUAUAGCACACAGAAUUUUCUGAAAUCAUUUCGUCGUUGUCCCGAUAAUUGUCAAACAUCGCUCGAUAUAUGGCGUACACAUUUAUGGCACGAGGCGCUACCACCAAAAUAUAAACAAUUAGCCAAUACCAUCUAUCCAAUAUGGUUGACUUUGCGUUAUCGUUAUCUUGCCAUACCCCAGGAAUAUGUACAUCUGUUGCAGAAUUUACGUAAACACUAUAUGCUGGCACUAAUAACAAAUGGUCCCUCCAAUGCCCAAUGGGAGAAGGUACGUCAACUCGAUGUACAGCAAUAUUUUGAUUGCCUAUUGGUGUCGGGCGAUUUGCCAUGGGAGAAACCAAAUCCAAAUAUAUUCUAUGCCACAUGUAAAUAUUUAAACGUACAACCGAAACAAUGUUGCAUGGUCGGUGACAAGCUGGAGAGUGAUAUUAAAGGUGGAAACUUAGCUGGUCUAGGUGCUACAUUUUGGUUACCCCUAACCUUAGAUGAAAUUGAAAAGUUACUGCACAAUGCAAAUGAUGAACAUAAACCCACUUAUAUUCUAAGAAAUCUAUUGGAAUUUUGUGAUUAUUUUAAUGUGAUGACACAAGAACAGCAGAGACGUGAACACGACGAUGAUGAACUUUUACUACAGCAGCAACAACAAGUACCUGAGUAUAAUAAUAAAAAAUGCCAAAGCAAAAAUAUCGUUUAUUGCCGAGGUCGUUCUUCAUCACCAACUAAUAAUACUAUGACAACAACAGCAACACCACCCAUUGAAUUUUCGGCUAGCGAAAGUGAUAAUAGCUCAGAUAGUAUAUAA